AAAACCAACGAACUGCAAGGUCAAAGAAAAAAAAAAAAAUCAACAAACAGCAGCUAAAUUUUAAUUUGUAGCAUUUUCUCCUCCCGAGGAAAUUAGAAAAGUGUAAAGCAAAGCUUCAUCCAAUUCUUUCUCCAUGUUUGUUCAUAAUCAGAAAGGUUGAAUCUGUUACCAUUCUUUCUCGAUGUCACACAAGCCCCUAGAUUCGCGCCAUUCCAUUGACUCUUGUGCUUUCCAGCUCCACUCCUGGAGACCUUUCCACCUCCAAACCCUAGACCCUGAUCCCCAACAACACACCCCCAGACCAUCUUCCAAAGCUAGCUUCCAUUCCAAGCGCCCUUGCCUUUCCGAUCGAACCACCUCCUUUCCGUUCGAUCUUGCCAAGCUCAGCCUUGUGGAUGAUGAUAAGUCCAUAGCGGAACACCACAAGAGAGGUGGAUUCAGGAUUUUUGCUAGGAAGAGGAGGAGGCGGGGGUCGAGAUCGGUAUCGGGAAGGAGCUCGGACCGGAGCGGGACUCGGAGAUGCUGUUCGGUUGGGGCUUCUGCGGCGUAUGGUACUUGCUCGGAUUUUCCGAUUGCGGUGGGGACGGACUCCAGUGGGGAGCUCUUUGGGAAUGGAGUGGAUGCUAAUUGGGCGUCCGAUAUUAGUGAAGCACGAAAUUCGAGGAGGGAUAGGGGGGAUGGGGGUGGCAAUGGUGGGAGUGGAGAGAAGGAGAGUGCCGGGUGGCAGUUUGGGGGGUUUGAUGCGCAGGGGAACGAGUCUGGAUACGGUAGUGAGCCGGGUUACCGUGGCGAUGCUGAGUUUGGAUAUGGGGAUGAGGUUGAUGAGGAGGAGGAAGAUGCUUGGGGAGAUCGGUUAGAAGAUACAUAUUCUAAAAUGGAGAUUGUUGGGGAGAACAAAUUCUCUGAUCAGAAAGCCCAUCACAGGUGCCGCCGCAAGAAGCAUGAUUAUCGAAUGGUAGAUGCACUGAGAUAACUUUAUUUUUUGGAAUAAGGAAGAGUUUCUUGGUUCCAGUUUGUGAUUGUUGGCUUCAAGGAUUGCCACUUACUGGUGAUUACUGUAACUGUACUAAUACACCUUGUGCAGUCAGAAAAAUUUACUUUUGUCUCUGCAAAUGUUCUUUUAUACAGCAUCUAUGUGUUGAGCGUAAAAUGAUUUUGAGGAUGUAUUGUAUUCUUACAAGUUUAUUGUAGGAAAAGAAUUGUGAAAUGUA